ACCUGCUGAAGAGUCGCAGUCCUCACAUCCUGAACCUGUCACCGCCGCUCAACCUCAACCCCGUCUGGUUCAAGAACCACACAGCGUACACGAUGGCGAAGUAUGGCAUGUCCAUGUGUGUCCUGGGGAUGGCCGAAGAGUUCAGAGGUCAAAUCGCUGUCAACGCCCUCUGGCCUAAAACCGCGAUCCUGACAGCAGCCAUGGACAUGCUGGGCGGCGAGGGCAUCGGGAAACAGUGUCGCACCUCUGACAUCAUGGCGGACGCCGCCUACGCCAUCCUGUCCCGCCCAAGGGACUACACGGGUCACUUCCUGGUGGAUGAGGACGUCCUGAGGGAGCAGGGAGUCCAAGACUUCGAUCAGUAUGCCGUCCAGCCAGGUCACCCCCUGCUGCCGGACUUCUUCCUGGACGAAGCACCAGAGGUGCUCGCCAAGAAGAUGGAGGAACACGGGGCGACUCCAGCCUUCAAACCGCCAUCAUCGGCCACGCCCCCCUCCAGUGGACCGAUAGAAAGCACCUUUGAAGUCAUCAGAGGAGUCGUCAAUGAAGACGUCGUCAAGUCGACGCAGGGCAUUUAUCAGUUUGACCUGUCAGGUAACUGGGCAUUUUAUCAACGUGUUUAUGUCCAUAUAAGGAGAUCCUGUGGGCGUGUCAUUAACAUGUUUAUGUCCAUAUAA